AUGACCGAAGAAAAUCAUCAAUCAAGCAUUGCUGCAGUGACGGGUGAUGUGAUAGAGCACGAGUCUCGUCCUCCACCUAAAAAGAAAGUCACUACUCAAGCUUUUCCCGAAGUUAAAAAAUUUACUACGAAACCAGUCCUAAAAGAAAAGCCACCACCACCGCCACCAUCUAUCGAGAAAGAAGUUGCAGAAGAAGAAUCAAUGCCUCCUCCAGAUGAGUCACUUACGAAAAAUGCUUCUAGAUACGAUUUAAGCGGUAAAAAUAUAACAGGAAUGAAAUCAUCAGAUGAAACAUACAAUCAGGGACUUCAUAAUCAUGGAGAUAGCCCAGAUACUCCAGGAUACGCUAUAUAUGAAUUGGCUACUUUAUGUAGGUCCGCAAACAUCUCACAAAGAGCUGCAGCAUUCCAAACUCUCAUGAAAAUUGUCAAAAACAACAGUGAAAGUAUAAUGAGUGACUUAAAAAUGGUUCAAAUUCACAAAAUUUGCAUAAAUGCAUACAAUCCUCCAACAUCAGCAACUAUACAGCAAUACGCAGGUUCAAUAAUCUUAAUGCUCGUUACUCACUUUAAAGAACCUCUUUCAAUUUACCCUUAUCCUGCAAUUCCGAUGCAUUCUCUUUAUACAAAUGAUUUUGCUCCAUAUUUACUUGAUCUUUGCAAUAUUGGCGAGCUUGAUUCACGUAUGUACGAUGCUGCAGCUACAGUUCUUGUAGGAAGUGAAAAAAUUCCAAUGAAAUUCCUAGAUAAAGCAAAACUUUCACUUCCUUUGCUCCAUUUCAUCAGAUCAGCAUUUAUUAACUGGGGAAUUAUCAUUGGAAGUAAUUUUGUUGACAAAGCUCUUAAACAAAACAAAGAUAUCGAAAUGAUGAAAGAAGCUGCAGUUAUUUCUAGAUUCCAUUCGAAGAUCCCGCCUAUUGAUGAUAUAAAGAAGAUGCCAACUAUCGUACAAAUCAUUUUACUCUCAAGAAUUGAAGAUCCAACACCAUAUGAUUGGCUUCUAAAGGGAUCUAUCGAACUUUGCCCAGACCACUUUGUUUUGGAGUUCGUAACAAACUGCGCACUGCAUAAGAUGGUCGACGAAAACACGAUCAGAGAAAUUAUUAAAAAAUCCAAGUUCUGCCAACCAGUUGUUGCUCUUUCUGAGAUCAUACAUGAGAAGCCACAGCUACCAGCAUUUCCAAAAACCGAAGAAGAAUGCUGGGAAAGGAGAGAUGAAGUUGUCGGAUUUGUCGAGUACGUUUUGUUGCAUGAUGACUUCAGUUUACUACCUGAUUUGUUCAAAUGUCUCUUUACUUUCACAAAUCCAAGCGCUGAUAUUCUUAUGGAACAUUUAUUUAACUCAAGAGCUCCUCCUGGCCGACCACUCAACCCAGAGGAAGUUUUUAAGAUCAUUGAUAAUUGUCCUGCCGCGGAUUUACCAAGAAUUUUCGAAGUUGGAAAGUAUUUUCCGUUGCAUUUCACCGGAAGAUUCUUCCUUCGCAAGGAUUGCUUCGAGCAAGCACCUCUUUUCGAGAAAUUCUUGGAUACAAUCCCAGAUCCGAUGACUUCUGUCCACAUUUGGGAAUGUGAUACUGAAGCAUUCUUGGAAAAGUUCAUGGAUGGCUACGAAUUACCUGCUUUCCAGAAAUACGCGUUAAUGUGCGUCACACAAGGAGCAGAUAUCGAAGUAAGACACGUAAUGUGGGAUAAAUUACAAGGAAUUGCUUCCCAGUUCACAGUUGACUUCGAAAGGAAGGACCAUUACACACCGUAUGAAGAUGAUCUCGAUACUGUUCAUGAUAUCAUUGAUUGUUUGUCUUCAAAUGAGAUGAUUUUGAAAGGAGCUUUGAAAGUCGGAUACAACAUUGUACAUAAUCUUUUGAAGCAUUACAAAGGUGAUGUAAGAGGUCAGUUGAUUAUGGAGCACGUUCUGGAAAUGCCAUUGGACUGGCAAGAAGAAAUGCUCAAAGAUCUUUGA